AACAAAGGUAGAUUCAUGAUAUCUCAUCCUGUAGUGCUGCUAGGAGAUUGUCAAGAGAACAUCACGUCACUCAGUGUUUAAUAGAUCUCUCAUAAAGGAAGACGUCUUCAUGAGCUUCUGCUUUUCUUUGACUGCACUGCUCUGAGAGCUCCAGUGAUGUCUGUGUUCCAGAUCACGUCCUUUAUCAUCAUCGGCUCUGUGUUUCUACACACUCACUCAGCUGAUAAUUCUGCCGUGAUGCCUCAGACAGUAACAGCUCUGACAGGCUCUUGUGUGGAGAUUCCUUGCACAUUCAACAUCUCCAAUUUUGAGGACAAACAUAUUAUUGGGAUCUGGCUGAAAAAUAAAUCACAGGUUACUGAAAGAGACAUUUUAAUUGUUUUUAAUAGCAGUAAAAACAUCAUUAGAGGAUUCAGUGACAUACAGAUGACUGGAAAUCUCACUGAGGGGAAUUGCUCAACUGUCUUCUAUAACAUCAUGAUGAAUCAUUCAGAUCUCUACUUCAGACUGGAAAUGGAGCCAAAUGUGUUCAGAGCAACAUUUAACCCCAAUCAACCUGAUUCAAGUAAGACUGUGAACAUCACUGUCAUAGAUUCACAACAACCUCCUGAACUUAAAUCCAAUGAUCAAUGCUCUGUGAUGGAGGAAACAACAGUCAAUCUGAGCUGCUCUGCUGAAGCCCCCUGCCCCAAACAACCUCCUACAAUAUCCUGGUCCAACAUCCCUGAAUCUGCCAACAUUACAACACAGUUACAGGAGAAACCUGAUAAAACCCAAUCAGUGUUUUCACACAUGACGUUCAAAACUUCAUACAUGGAUCACAGAAGGAACAUCUCCUGCACUGUUACAUAUCCAAGAAAUACAUCUAAUGACUCAACUGUGGAGACCACCGUGAUGCUACGAGUCCUGUUUCCUCCAAAAGAAACUCGCAUCACCAUCUAUCCAUCUGCUUCAGUCUCUGUUGGCACUAAUGUGACUUUGACCUGCAAAAGCAAAGCCAGUCCAUCAAUUAACAUGAGCUACACCUGGUACAAACGUGGAUAUGAGAAGCCUAUAGCUCAGGGAAAGAAGAUUACCUUCAGUUUAACUCAAAAGAAUGCAUCAUGGUAUUCCUGCACUGCACAGAAUAAACAUGGAAACCAGUCAUCAGCAGAGAUCCAGAACACACAUGAAGUUACAGACAUUUCACAGGACAUGGGACAACCUAGACACUCUAUGCUUAUAAUUGCUGGUUGUGUGGGAGGAAUCGUGGCAGGGCUCAUGCUCUCUGCUCUUGGUUUUUGUGCAAGGACCAGGACAAAGACACACAGGGGAGACAAUGCUGGACAAAAUGAGUCCUUGAAUCAGGUGCAGAUUGAAACUAUAGACAGGAAUCCUACAUAUGCUAAUGCCCUCACCGUGACCAACCCGGACAACAAGAUCUCUGAUGUUUAUAGUGUGUGUGAGCCUAAGACCGACUACAAUACAGUGAAAGACUCAACGGAUGAAGACGACAAUGGAAAAGGUUCAGAUGUAGUAUAUGCUCAGGUCCAUGUGUUACAAAAAAACCCAAAAGCCAUCAGUGUUGUGCCUGAGGUCAUUUAUGUUCGGGUGAAAAAAUAAUUUUUUACAUCUCAAACCAAAAAAAAAAAAAAAAAAAAAAAUCUCUUCAUGAAAAAUAAUCCUAAGCAGCUACUUGAGGAAAAUUAAAAAAAUUAGACAAAACAAUUGUCCGAUAUUGCUUGCAUUCAAAUUUAAAUUAGAAAUGCUUGUGUUCCAGUAACACUCUGAAAUGACUUGUAUGUUAUAUUUCUGUAUGCUUGUAUUGCUAUAGUAUAUUGCUAUAUACAUUUUCAGCUUUUUAUUUUCUGAUGAAUAACGAAUCUGUUUUAUUAAAAACAGUGAGUGAUGGCAUUUCUGUUUUCAUUUUGUUGGAUAAUAAAAAGUUACAAAAAAAUGUAUGAACUCUUUGUCAGUAUGCCUAUUUUUCUGUUACUUUGUUGCAAAAAAAAUGUACAUGCAACAUUUUAUAACUUAAAAAAAUGUGUAUAAUAUUCCAAAAUAAAUGAAUAAUUAAAGGGUG